AUGGCAGCAGUCGCCCCACAAACACCUAUUGAUGCCUCAACACCAGUUGAUUUGACCACCAUCCCCAUUUCCCCAGAGGGUGCCAGCCGUGACGAGAAUAAGAAGCCCACACCCAGCGGAGAGGAUGAACAGAUCACUGUCUUCCACGACAAGGACAAUUUCAAUGUCAAGCACCCAUUGAUGCACAAGUGGACUCUUUGGUUCACCAAGCCUCCGAGUGGAAAGGGCGACAACUGGAAUGAUUUGUUGAAGGAGGUCAUCACCUUUAACUCUGUUGAGGAAUUCUGGGGUGUAUAUAACAACAUUGCUCCCGUCUCCGAGCUUGCCCUCAAGUCCGACUACCAUCUCUUCAAGGAGAGUGUUCGUCCAGAAUGGGAGGAUCCUCAAAACAAGCAUGGUGGGAAGUGGUCAUACCAGUUCAAGGAGAAGAGAAACGUCCCUAUUGAUGACCUCUGGCUCCAUGUUAUGCUCUCGGCCAUCGGUGAGACUCUCGAAGACGAGGACGAUGGAGAACUCAUGGGAGUUGUUGUCAACGUUCGCAAAGGCUUCUACCGUAUCGGAGUUUGGACUCGCACAAUUGGCAAGAGCAUUCCAGGCGGAGGAGAUGGAGAUGUUGCUGGUGGCAAGGGACGCUCGCCUGAGAAGGGCAAGGAGGUCUUGAUGAAUAUUGGUCGCAAGUUCAAGGAAGUUCUGAAAGUCCCAACAACUGAGGCUGUUGAGUUCUCCGGUCAUACCGAUAGUGCCCACAGCGGUAGCACUCGUGCGAAGGCAAAGUUCACAGUCUAG